CACCUCAGUGCGUGUUUCCGUAAAGCUUAUAAUUUUUUUUUUAAUUUUUCUGGGUGGCGAGAAACCAAGAGAAAAUCUCGUGACCUUUUGUUCUCUCUCUCUCGGGAGCGCACACAAAUCUCUCCUUUCUUCCUCCCAUCGAUGUAACACAACCGAGACACACCCUUGUGCCUAGUGGUGAUAGCGAUCGAGGAGAAGGGAGGGAGGGAGCACGAGAUCUCGAUUCCCCCAAUACACGGGGAGGGAGCCACAAUGCAUAUGAAUCCUAUCUUGAAGCUGGCUCUCGUGUGGUUUAUACUUCUCGCCUCAGUUCUUGUCUCCUUUGCGGAGCUUGAGUUUGGUCAUUGCGAGAGAGUUGUGAAAGAGUGGGCGGAUACUUCUUCAUCUCGUGAAGAACAUCCUCCUAACAUAGACAAACGCUCGCUUCAGGAUCUGCUCUUCUUUCUCCACGUCCCCCGAACUGGUGGCAGGACUUAUUUCCACUGUUUCUUGAGGAAGUUGUAUGAUAACGCUGAGGAGUGUCCUCGCUCUUACGACAAGCUCCAUUUCGAUCCAAGGAAGCAAAAGUGCAAGUUGUUGGCCACGCAUGAUGAUUAUAGUUUAAUGUCUAAGCUUCCGAGGGAGAGAACCUCGGUGAUGACAAUAGUCCGUGACCCUGUCGCUCGUGUGUUGAGCACUUAUGAGUUUUCAGUAGAGGUAGCAGCUAGGUUCUUGGUGCAUCCCAAUUUAACUUCUGCGACAAGGAUGUCUGGUCGCAUCCGCAAGAAUAAUGUGAUAAGCACGCUUGACAUAUGGCCAUGGAAGUACCUUGUUCCAUGGAUGAGAGAAGACCUUUUUGCUCGGAGAGAUGCACGAAAACUUAAGGGAGUAGUUAUCAUUGAGGACGACAACCCGUAUGACAUGGAGGAGAUGCUUAUGCCACUGCACAAAUAUCUUGAUACCCCUACUGCUCAUGACAUAAUCCACAAUGGAGCAACCUUUCAGAUUGCAGGAUUGACAAAUAAUUCGCAUUUAUCAGAAGCCCACGAGGUUCGGCAUUGUGUGCAGAAGUACAGAAACCUCGGUGAGCCUGUUCUCCAAGUUGCCAAGAGAAGGUUGGACAGCAUGUUGUAUGUUGGACUGACAGAAGAGCACAGGGAAUCUGCAUCACUUUUUGCCAAUGUAGUGGGCUCUCAAGUGCUUUCUCAAUUGGUUACAUCAAAUGCAACUGCAAAAACCAAAACUACUAAAUCAGAAGCAAGUGUUACAGUUUCAGAAUCUGGAUCAGAUAAGAGUGAAAUUCAGAAUGGUACAUCUGAUAAGAUAGAAGCUAAGAGUGGAAAUAUGACGGUGAAAACCUUAAUGGAAGUCUACGAGGGAUGCAUUACUCAUCUAAGAAAGUCACAAGGAACCAGACGGGUCAACUCCUUGAAGAGAAUAUCCCCAGCAAAUUUAACCAGAGGGACGCGCACAAGAGUUCCUAACGAGGUCAUUCAGCAGAUCAAAUCGCUUAACUAUCUAGAUGUGGAGCUUUACAAGUAUGCUAAAGAAAUCUUUGUCAAAGAACAUGAACUUGUGUCGAAGAAGAUGGUUUCAACUUCUAAGAGAAGCAUUGCUGAUCUGCAGAACGUAUUUGGAGAAAUGGAGGGUGAGAAGCUGUGGAAGUUUGUAUCAGUGGCGUUGAUGCUUUUACUGCUCUUCCUCUUGUAUCUAUUUGUAAACGCUAGAAGGAGAAUAACCUCUAAGGUUAAGAUUUGAUUAUUCUCACUUUUUUCUUUUGGGCCAAAUUCAGCAAUUAGGAGAAGCUUCUGGGUAUAAUUGUAAUAUUCUAUUUGUUUUCUUUUCGUGGAAAAGAGAAAGUUUUGGGUGUUGCCUUAAAAA